AUGGCGUCGGAGGACGAGUCGUCGUCAGCCUUCGUGUCGGAGUCCGAGGAGGAGAAGGCAGUGCUUGUGGCGAAGGGCGGCGCGGCAGCAGGAGAGGCAAUCGAGGAAGCUUCGGAGGCGGAGGCGACGGAAACGGCAGAAGAGGACACGGAAGCGGAGGAGACGGCGGAGGAGGAUAACGACGAGGACGACGACGACGAUGAGAAGGACGAGGAGGGCGGUGCGGCGGAGGCGGAGGAGGAGGUGGUGAUGCUGCUGUGCGUGCUGAGUCUUGACGACGGCGACGUGCUGCGGAAGCGCAAGAUCUGGCGCCGCAUCGCCGUGCCGGCCGACUUUUCGCUGCUCGAGCUGCACGUCGCGCUACAGGUGAGUCAAGUGCUUGGCGCGCUGCAGAACGCGUUCGACUGGGAGGACACGCAUCUCCACGACUUCACCCAGCCGCGCCGCCACGCGUGGCGCCGCCUGCUCGACCCCGCCGCCGUUCUGGCUGACGAGAUCACCGACUCCGAGGCCGAAACCGAGGGCGCUACAGCCAAACCCAAGCCCGCUACAGCCACCGCCGCUACAGCCGCCGCAGGCAUCAUCGCUUCUGCUACAUCCGAGGUUCUCCCGCCGCUCCCCGACACGCAGUACCGGGGGUUCGGCCGGACGGAUCUUUCGGCUGUAGCGGAGCUGCUACAGCUGGAUUUGGACUCUCUGCCGCCCGGUUUCACGCGCACGUUCAAGACUGUAGCGGGCGCCAAGGAGGAGGCGGCGGACGAUUUGAUUCUGACGCCCGCGAGUUUGGAUCUGGGCGGGAGUGCUGAGGUGGUGUUUGUGGAGCAUGCUGACGUGGCAGCGGCGGGAGAAGGCAAGGAGGUGGCGUUAUUGACGGGACCUGGCGAGGUGAGGAGGGGAGUGGGGAGGGGGGAUUGUGAGAGAGUGGAGUGUGGGGUUGCGUGGAGUGCACGGGGGAAAGUGGGGGAGAGGAGUGGGGAAAUGUGGGGUGUGUGGAUUUUCUGGGAAAGGAAUGUGGAGGAGAGGUCCUUGUGUGCACCGCCACACACUCCCAUUCCCUGCACCCCGCCUCUACUCCUCACUCUCCUGCUCCCCACCCUCCUGCUCCCCACCCUCCUGCUCCCCACCCUCCUGCUCCCCACCUUCCUGCUCUCCCACCCAUGCUUCCGUUUUCCAUCACUCCCCUCUCUCUCUUCCUCCCCCCCACAUCAGGUGCUGGACAAGAGGGCGUUCGAGGUACUGGACGAGAGGGCGUUUGAAGUGGGGGCGGUCUUUUCAAAGACCGACCCGCUGCUGGUCUACCAGUACGACUUUGGCAUGAGCUACGAGGUGCACCUCAUUUUCGAGGGUAAAUUCCCCGCCACCGAGGGGGUGAACUACCCGACGUGCCUGGCGGGCGCGGGAGCGAGUCCAGCAGAGGACGGCAACGAUAUGGAUGACGAGGGCGCGCUGCUGCCUUCAUACGACUACACCGACUUUGCUGUGCUUGAUGUGCUCGCCAACUUUGAGAAGACUUUUGAGGACUCGUGGCCAGUGGGUCCAGGCUCGGAAGACAGCAUCGACGCUCCCCGAUGCUACAUGUGCAGGUACAACCGCGAGUGUGGGCGGCGCAGGGAGUGCACGGGCAAGUGCUGCGGCUACUGCCUCAAGACCCCCCUGCACCUGCUUGCCGGCUCCAUCCCCCUGCGCUUCUCCCCUACCCUAACCCGCCCUCUCCUCUUCCCUGCCCUGUUUGACUGCACUAUCCCAGGUACAACCGCGAGUGUGGGCGGUUCCAUCCCCCUGCGCUUCUCCCCUACCCUAACCCGCCCUCUCCUCUUCCCUGCCCUUUUCAACCGUCUGCCUGCCUCCCCUCUACCCCAUCCCCCCUCUCCCAGGUACAACCGCGAGUGUGGGCGGCGCAGGGAGUGCACGGGCAAGUGCUGCGGGUACUGCCUCAAGACCCCCCUGCACCUGCUUGCCGGCUCCAUCCCCCUGCGGGACGCCGAUGCCGCGUAUGAGGGUGCGGCACAGAAGCUGCUGCAGGAACAGAGGAAGGCCGCUGAGAGCGCAGAGGCAUAG